GGCUGGCGGUGGGCAGGCACAGCAACUGUUACAGUUCCUGUCAGGAAAGAGGCAACAUGUCGAUGGAGGACCCGUUCUUCGUGGUGAAAGGGGAGGUGCAGAAGGCCCUGUCGCGGGCGAGGGGCCUGUUUGAGCGCUGGGAGGAGCUGCUGCAGGAGGGCACCCCGGUCAGCAGGGAUGAGCUGGACUGGAGCACCAACGAGCUGCGCAACUGCCUGCGCGCCAUCGACUGGGACCUGGAGGACCUGCACGAGACCAUCAGCAUCGUCGAGUCCAACCCCGGAAAGUUCCGUCUGGGAGAGAACGAGCUGCAGGAGAGGAGGGACUUUGUGGAGAGAACCCGGCAGUCUGUUCAGGAGAUGAAGGAGCAGCUCUCCAGCCCCUCGGCUGUGGCACAAGCUGAGAAGAAGAACAGAGAGGCUCUGAUGGCGGCCCCGUCUCAGGAGCGCUACACCAGUCUGGAGCCGCACCUGGUGUCGGCCAACUCCCGCUACAUCCAGGAGCAGCAGGAGCAGCAGCAGUUGAUCAUGCAGGAUCAGGACGAGCAGCUGGAGCUGGUGACGGGCAGCAUCCGCGUGCUGAAGGACAUGUCGGGACGCAUCGGAGACGAGCUGGAUGAUCAGGCUGUUAUGUUAGGGGAGUUCAGUGAGGAGAUGGAUCAGACAGGCUCGAGGAUGGACUCGGUGUUGAAGAAGAUGGAGAAGGUGUCUCACAUGACCAGUAGUCGGCGGCAGUGGUGUGCCAUCGGCGCCCUCGUCAUCAUCAUCCUGGUGGUGCUCAUCCUCUUGUUCGCUCUAUGAGAGCCGGCGCUCUCCGUCUCCAACAUUGUCUCGGCCAUACCAGCCAUUUCCUGCCCAUGACCCUGAGGACAGCGGAGAGGACGAGGAGUGAAGAGUGAGGCGAGGACGCGUGAGAGAGAAGAACCUUCAAGAACCCUUCAAGAACCCUUUCUCUUCUUCUCCUCACGCUGUUCCUCCUCUGUCUGAACCUCCAGAACAGAGGAGGGGAGAGAAAGAGAGAGAGAGAGGUGUGUUAUAUAUAUUUUUUUCCCUUAACUUCCUGCCUCCCUCCCUUCCUCUGUUGAAUGAGAAUGGUUCUGGUAUAACUCUCGAACAUGGCCUGUGAAGGAUUCCUCAAGAAUGAGCAACAGCUGGACUUGAACAGAUUCAAAAGGUUAUUGUCCUUCAUUUUUAUUCUAUUUUUUAAAAACAAAAAUCCAGGCCUAAACAAAUGAUGUGUAUUUUAAAGACCGGUACCUGCUACGCAGAAAGGCGGUACUGGGAGUCAGUGUUGCCUUAAGGAUAUGUCUCCUGUAACCAAUGCACCAAGUAAGACAUACACAAAUCUGAAACACUUUGCUCCACGGAUUGUAUCGCUGAGCUGAAGAAUGCUGCGGGCUUGGUGUCCCCUCCUGUCCUCUGCAUUAGUUUGUGCUUAUUAUGGUGUGUCUGCUGUUUGUACUCAGAGGCUACUAGAUGGCCUGGCAACACAAGCACAAUUGGCUGCCAGCUCCCUCUAGUGGUUAUUACCGGUGUAAGCUUAAACUGUACCCCAAAUGCCCCCUUCAUGGGGAGUUUUGUGUCGUUGAAACAACUGGCUUCUUCUUUGAGAGAAGAAAGGUAAUGCAAUUUUUUGUUUCUUUUUUUUUUUUUUUUUUUUAAGAAAGGCCUUCACCUCAGGUACGAUUUUUGUGCAGCUCUGAUGGAGCAUUGCCAGGGAAGGGGGCAGCUUGAGAGUUAAAGCACAUUUCAUCAGUUCCCAUGCCAAGCUAUCCUGCAUGGAGCAGCAUGGUAGAACAUAGUAUUAAGAAACAUCUUCUAUCCAUGUUCCCUGGCUCCUUCAUUCAGACCCAUUUGUGUCAUUUUUGGUCAGAUUAUGCCUUAACAUGUAUGCCCCUAUUUGAUGGCCCCUGAAAUAUUAUGACUCCUUGCCAAAAUUAUUUCAUACUGUACAAACCUUGUGUUAUAUUUUCAUUUAUAUGAAUCGCUCAAUUUCUAAAAGCGGGAGCGUAGACUGUUUUAUAUACAGAAAAUAUCUACUAACAUCAAUGAUUUCUGUAACACAUUUUUGAUUGUGUGUGGGUGUAUGUUAGUGUGUGUGUAUGUAUGUGUGCGUGUGUGUCACAGCUGGCCUUGCUUUUUUUGUUUUUGCCUCUUAAGAGCCCCACUACUAACUUAAAAACAAACACAUGCAUCAUAACAGUGAUGUCAGGAGAGCUGCCUUUUAGGAACGAAUAUACAGUGAGAACACGCCUUCUGCGCUCCUGACCCCUGUGGCCCAGAGUGUGCAUUGAACAGGAGGAGAGGGAUGGUGCCAGGUUCCCAUUCCUAGAAUUUUCAGGCGCUUUAAAGUCCAAGCUAUCUGAUUUGGCCAUGUCAGUAUCUCAUAGUCUUACCAAAAAAAAAACUUCAUAAUUGACAACAUAUUUUUUUAAAUCUAAGCAGAAGGCCACUCUCUUAUGCCUGGACUUGCCCAGUCCUUACAGAACUCCCGACAGGAAAUUCCUGUGUGAACAACAAUGAGCUCCACUGCCCGUGGAUAGUGGCUAAAAGACACAGGAAGUCUGUAGUCACGUGGCCAAGAUGUGAUGUCUCCUCCAUAUCACCAACACCCUGUGCCAGUGGUCUGUGUUCAUCAUAUCACAUUACUGUUAGCCUGCCAAUCCAUCAGAAGAGAAUGUAAUCAGUAGGCUAUGACAAAAUGCCUUUAUGUGAUUGCGUGUGUGUGUGUGUGUUUUUUUUGUCUGCUUUUGUGCAUUCAUUCAUUUGCUCACCUACGGUGGGCAUUCGUGUCUACCUAGCUAGCCUGUUCUGGCCUCGUCUGUCCCACGCCAGACAUUUUUUCAUCGCCAUCGUAGCGCUUGGAGUUCGAAAGGGCACAAGAUACAAUCUAGCCAUUGGGAAACUCAGUUGACGAACUUGUACCUUGAAUCCAGCCUUGAUCCAGCCUACCCAAGGACUUGUCCUGCUGUCAGAGAGCAUGGUGCGUGCAUACGUGAGUCCCCCCAAAUGCAAGGUCUCAACUGUAUUUGGCUUGAUAGUGGAGGACUGUCGGCAUUUCCAGCAUGCACUACUUCUAGGAAAGCUGCUCGGGAUUUUAUUUUGAAAGAGUUCUUGAUGGGAGAUAUUUAAUUGCCUUCAUUUACCAUUUGGUACAGUUACUACUGCUUCCGUUGAUACUACAUAUGGCUGAACAGCAUUUUUUUUUUUUUUUUCUGCUCCACUGCCUCCGUAGUUAACAAUCCAUUUAAAGAUGUUACUGAGAUUAUUAAGGAGGAAUUGUACAAAAAUUGUGCUAUAUACCCUUUUGUAAAUGUAAAGACUGUAUUUGAAACAUUUGUCAUUUGUUGUUUGUUGUGAAACUGGGCAGACUUGUCAUAAUAAACAAAUACAUGGCUUUUAA